GAAACAGCUCAGACGUGAGGCUUGCAGCAGGCCGAGGAGGAGGAAGAGGGGCAGUGGGAGCAGAGGAGGUGGCUCCUACCUCAGUGAGGGCUCUGAGGGUCCCCGCCUGAAGAGGGACAGGGACCUGGGCUUGGAGAAGGGGCUCUGGAAUGCAGCCCCCUUCACUGCUGCUGCUGCUGCUGCUGUUAUGUGUCUCAGUGGUCAUAACCAGAGGGCUGCUGUGUGGGACUUUCCCAGAACCCUGUGCCAAUGGAGGCACCUGCCUGAGCCUGUCUCUGGGACAAGGGACCUGCCAGUGUGCCCCUGGCUUCCUGGGUGAGACGUGCCAGUUUCCUGACCCCUGCCAGAAUGCCCAGCUCUGCCAGAAUGGAGGCAGCUGCCAAGCCCUGCUUCCCGCUCCCCUAGGGCCCCCCAGCUCUCCCUCUCCACUGGCACCCAGCUUCUCGUGCACUUGCCUCCCUGGCUUCACUGGCGAGAGAUGCCAGGCCCAGCUUGAAGAUCCUUGUCCUCCCUCCUUCUGUUCCAAAAGGGGCCACUGCCACAUCCAGGCCUCAGGCCGCCCACAGUGCUCCUGCAUGCCUGGAUGGACAGGUGAGCAGUGCCAGCUUCGGGACUUCUGCUCAGCCAACCCAUGUGUUAAUGGAGGGGUGUGUCUGGCCACAUACCCCCAGAUCCAGUGCCGCUGCCCACCGGGCUUCGAGGGCCAUGCCUGUGAACGUGAUGUCAACGAGUGCUUCCAGGACCCAGGACCCUGCCCCAAAGGCACCUCCUGCCAUAACACCCUGGGCUCCUUCCAGUGCCUCUGCCCUGUGGGGCGGGAGGGCCCACGUUGUGAGCUCCGGGCAGGACCCUGCCCUCCUAGGGGCUGUUCGAAUGGGGGCACCUGCCAGCUGAUGCCAGGGAAAGACUCCACCUUUCACCUCUGCCUCUGUCCCCCAGGUUUCAUAGGCCCAGACUGUGAGGUGAAUCCAGACAACUGUGUCAACCACCAAUGUCAGAAUGGGGGCACUUGCCGGGAUGGGCUGGACACCUACACCUGCCUCUGCCCAGAAACCUGGACAGGCUGGGAUUGCUCCGAAGAUGUGGAUGAGUGUGAGGCCCAGGGUCCCCCUCACUGCAGAAACGGCGGCACCUGCCAGAACUCUGCGGGCAGCUUUCACUGCGUGUGUGUGAGUGGCUGGGGGGGCACAAGCUGUGAGGAGAACCUGGAUGACUGUAUUGCUGCCACCUGUGCCCCAGGAUCCACCUGCAUUGACCGGGUGGGCUCUUUCUCCUGCCUCUGCCCACCUGGACGCACAGGGCUCCUGUGCCACUUGGAAGACAUGUGUCUGAGCCAGCCGUGCCAUGGGGAUGCCCAGUGCAGCACCAACCCCCUCACAGGCUCCACACUCUGCCUGUGUCAGCCCGGCUAUUCAGGGCCCACCUGCCACCAGGACCUGGAUGAGUGUGUAAUGGCCCAGCAAGGCCCAAGUCCCUGUGAACAUGGCGGUUCCUGCCUCAACACUCCUGGCUCCUUCAACUGCCUCUGUCCACCUGGCUACACGGGCUCCCGUUGUGAGGCUGAUCACAAUGAGUGCCUCUCCCAGCCCUGCCACCCAGGGAGCACCUGUCUGGACCUACUUGCCACCUUCCACUGCCUCUGCCCACCAGGCUUAGAGGGGCAGCUCUGUGAGGUGGAAACCAAUGAGUGUGCCUCAGAUCCCUGCCUGAACCAUGCGGAUUGCCAUGACCUGCUCAAUGGCUUCCAGUGCAUCUGCCUGCCUGGAUUCGCCGGCACCCGAUGUGAGGAGGAUAUUGAUGAGUGCAGCAGCUCUCCCUGUGCCAAUGGUGGGCAGUGCCAGGACCAGCCUGGAGCCUUCCACUGCAAGUGUCUCCCAGGCUUUGAAGGGCCACGCUGUCAAACAGAGGUGGAUGAGUGCCUGAGUGACCCAUGUCCCGUUGGAGCCAGCUGCCUUGAUCUUCCAGGAGCCUUCUUUUGCCUCUGCCCCUCUGGUUUCACAGGCCAGCUCUGUGAGGUUCCCCUGUGUGCUCCCAACCUGUGCCAGCCCAAGCAGAUAUGUAAGGACCAGAAAGACAAGGCCAACUGUCUGUGUCCUGAUGGAAGCCCUGGCUGUGCCCCACCUGAGGACAACUGCACCUGCCACCAUGGGCACUGCCAGAGAUCCUCAUGUGUGUGUGACGUGGGUUGGACGGGACCAGAGUGUGAGGCAGAGCUAGGGGGCUGCGUCUCUGCACCCUGUGCCCAUGGGGGGACCUGCUACCCCCAGCCCUCUGGCUACAACUGCACCUGCCCUAUAGGCUACACAGGGCCUACCUGUAGUGAGGAGAUGACAGCUUGUCACUCAGGGCCAUGUCUCAAUGGUGGCUCCUGCAACCCUAGCCCUGGAGGCUACUACUGCACUUGCCCUCCAAGCCACACAGGUCCCCAGUGCCAAACCAUCACUGACUACUGUGUGUCUGCCCCGUGCUUCAAUGGGGGUACCUGCGUGAACAGACCCAGCACCUUCUCCUGCCUCUGUGCCAUGGGCUUCCAGGGCCGGCGCUGUGAGGGAAAGAUCCGCCCCAGUUGUGCAGACAGCCCCUGUAGGAAUAGGGCAACCUGCCAGGACAGCCCUCAGGGUCCCCGCUGCCUCUGCCCCACUGGCUACACCGGAGGUAGCUGCCAGACUCUGAUGGACUUAUGUGCCCAGAAGCCCUGUCCACGCAAUUCCCACUGCCUCCAGACUGGGCCCUCCUUCCACUGCUUGUGCCUCCAGGGAUGGACCGGGCCUCUCUGCAACCUUCCACUGUCCUCCUGCCAGAAGGCUGCACUGAACCAAGGCAUAGACGUCUCUUCCCUUUGCCAGAAUGGAGGCCUCUGUGUCGACAGUGGCCCCUCCUAUUUCUGCCACUGCCCCCCUGGAUUCCAAGGCAGCCUGUGCCAAGAUCAUGUGAACCCAUGUGAGUCCAGGCCUUGCCAGCACGGGGCCACCUGCAUGGCCCAGCCCAGUGGGUAUCUCUGCCAGUGCGCCCCAGGCUACAAUGGACAGAACUGCUCAAAGGAACUUGAUGCUUGUCAGUCCCAACCCUGUCACAACCAUGGAACCUGCACCCCCAAACCUGGAGGCUUCCACUGUGCCUGCCCUCCAGGCUUUGUGGGGCUACGCUGUGAGGGAGACGUGGACGAGUGUCUGGACCAGCCCUGCCACCCCACAGGCACUGCAGCCUGCCACUCUCUGGCCAAUGCCUUCUACUGCCAGUGUCUUCCUGGACACACAGGCCAAUGGUGUGAGGUGGAGAUAGACCCCUGCCACAGCCAACCCUGCUUUCAUGGAGGGACCUGUGAGGCCACAGCAGGAUCACCCCUGGGUUUCAUCUGCCACUGCCCCAAGGGUUUUGAUGGCCCCACCUGCAGCCACAGGGCCCCUUCCUGCGGCCUCCAUCACUGCCACCACGGAGGCUUGUGUCUGCCCUCCCCUAAGCCAGGCUUCCCACCACGCUGUGCCUGCCUCAAUGGCUAUGGGGGUCCUGACUGCCUGACCCCACCAGCUCCUAAAGGCUGUGGCCCUCCCUCCCCAUGCCUAUACAAUGGCAGCUGCUCAGAGACCACGGGCUUGGGGGGCCCAGGCUUUCGAUGCUCCUGCCCUCACAGCUCUCCAGGGCCCCGGUGUCAGAAGCCCGGAGCCAAGGGGUGUGAGGGCAGAAGUGGAGAUGGGGCGUGCGACGCUGGCUGCAGUGGCCCAGGAGGAAAUUGGGAUGGAGGGGACUGCUCUCUGGGAGUCCCAGACCCCUGGAAGGGCUGCCCCUCCCACUCUCGGUGCUGGCUUCUCUUCCGGGACGGGCAGUGCCACCCACAGUGUGACUCUGAAGAGUGUCUGUUUGAUGGCUACGACUGUGAGACCCCUCCAGCCUGCACUCCAGCCUAUGACCAGUACUGCCACGAUCACUUCCACAACGGGCACUGUGAGAAAGGCUGCAACACUGCAGAGUGUGGCUGGGAUGGAGGUGACUGCAGGCCUGAAGAUGGGGACCCAGAGUGGGGGCCCUCCCUGGCCCUGCUGGUGGUACUGAGCCCCCCAGCCCUAGACCAGCAGCUGUUUGCCCUGGCCCGGGUGUUGUCCCUGACUCUGAGGGUGGGACUCUGGGUAAGGAAGGAUCGUGACGGCAGGGACAUGGUGUACCCCUAUCCUGGGGCCCGGGCUGAAGAAAAGCUAGGAGGAACUCGGGACCCCUCCUAUCAGGAGAGAUCAGCCCCUCAAACGCAGCCCCUGGGCAAGGAGACCGACUCCCUCAGUGCUGGGUUUGUGGUGGUAAUGGGUGUGGAUUUGUCCCGCUGUGGCCCUGACCACCCGGCAUCCCGCUGUCCCUGGGACCCUGGGCUUCUACUCCGCUUCCUUGCUGCGAUGGCUGCAGUGGGAGCCCUGGAGCCCCUGCUGCCUGGACCACUGCUGGCUGUCCACCCUCAUGCAGGCACUGCACCCCCUGCCAACCAGCUUCCCUGGCCUGUGCUGUGCUCCCCAGUGGCUGGGGUGAUUCUCCUGGCCCUAGGGGCUCUUCUCGUCCUCCAGCUCAUCCGGCGUCGACGCCGAGAGCAUGGAGCUCUCUGGCUGCCCCCUGGUUUCACUCGACGGCCUAGGACUCAGUCAGCUCCCCACCGACGCCGGCCCCCACUGGGCGAGGACAGCAUUGGCCUCAAGGCACUGAAGCCAGAGGCAGAAGUUGAUGAGGACGGAGUUGUGAUGUGCUCAGGCCCUGAGGAGGGAGAGGAGGCUGAAGAAACAGGCCCACCCUCCAAGUGCCAGUUCUGGUCUCUGAGUGGUGGCUGUGGGGAGCUCCCUCAGGCUGCCAUGCUAACUCCUCCCCAGGAAUCCGAGAUGGAAGCCCCUGACCUGGACACCCGUGGACCUGAUGGGGUGACACCCCUGAUGUCCGCGGUUUGCUGUGGGGAAGCAGAGUCCAGGACCUUCCAAGGGGCAUGGUUGGGAUGUCCUGGGCCCUGGGAACCUCUGCUGGAUGGAGGGGCCUGUCCCCAGGCUCACACCGUGGGCACUGGGGAGACCCCCCUGCACCUGGCUGCCCGAUUCUCCCGGCCAACCGCUGCCCGCCGCCUCCUUGAGGCUGGAGCCAACCCCAACCAGCCAGACCGCGCAGGGCGCACACCCCUUCAUGCUGCUGUGGCUGCUGAUGCUCGCGAGGUCUGCCAGCUUCUGCUCCGUAGCAGACAAACUGCAGUGGACGCUCGCACAGAGGACGGGACCACACCCUUGAUGCUGGCUGCCAGACUGGCAGUGGAAGACCUGGUUGAAGAACUGAUUGCAGCCCAAGCAGACGUGGGGGCCAGAGAUAAAUGGGGGAAAACUGCGCUGCACUGGGCUGCUGCGGUGAACAACGCCCGAGCCGCCCGCUCGCUUCUCCAGGCCGGAGCCGAUAAAGACGCCCAGGACAGCAGGGUUAGAUGGGACAGAGGGCUUCCCACAAAACAGUCGGGCGCAGGAGAGAUGGAAAGUGCGGAGCAGACGCCGCUGUUCCUGGCGGCACGGGAAGGAGCGGUGGAAGUAGCCCAGCUGCUGCUGGGGCUGGGGGCAGCCCGAGAGCUGCGGGACCAGGCUGGGCUAGCGCCCGCGGACGUUGCUCGCCAACGAAACCACUGGGAUCUGCUGACGCUGCUGGAAGGGGCGGGGCCACUAGAAGCCCGUCACAAAGCCACGCCGGGCCGCGAGUCCGGGCCCUUCCCGCGCGCACGCACGACGUCUGUAAGCGUGCCCCCGCAUGGGGGCGGGGCUCUGCCGCGCUGCCGGACGCUGUCAGCCGGAGCAGGCCCUCGUGGGGGCGGAGCUUGUCGGCAGGCUCGGACUUGGUCCGUAGACUUGGCUGUGCGGGGGGGCAGGGCCUAUUCUCAUUGCCGGAGCUUCUCGGGAGGAGGAGCAGGAGGAGGCCCGCCCCCUCGCGGCCGUAGGUUUUCUGCAGGCAUGCGCGGGCCUCGGCCCAACCCUGCGAUAAUGCGAGGAAGCUACGGAGUGGCUGCCGGGCGCGGAGGCAGGGGCCCAACGGAUGACUGGCCCUGUGAUUGGGUGGCCCUGGGAGCUUGCGGUCCUGCCUCUAACAUUCCAAACCCGCCUUCUUGCCUUACUCCGUCCCCGGAGCGGGGAUCCCCUCAACUUGACUGGGGUCCCCCAGCCCACCAAGAAAUGCCCAUAAACCAAGGAGGAGAGGGCAAAAAAUAGGAGAAUACAUGGUAGGGAGGAAUUCCAAAAUGAUUACCCGUUAAAAGGCAGGCUGGAAGGCCUUCCUGGUUUUAAGAUGGAGCCCCAAAAGUGAAGGGCUGUGAGUUUAGUUUCUCUCCUAAAAUGAAUGUAUGCCCACCAGAGCAGGCAUCUUCCACAUGGAGAAGCUGCAGCUCUGGAAAGAGGGUUUACGAUGUUAGGAUGAGGCAGGCCCAGUCCUCCUCCAGAAAAUAAGACAGGCCACAGGAGGGCAGAGUGGAGUGGAAAUACCCCUAAAUUGGAACCAAGAACUACAGGCAUAUGGGAUGUAAGAUGUUCUUUCCUAUAUAUGGUUUCCAAAGGGAGCUCCCUUCAUCCAUUGUCCCCACUGCCCACAAAUGGCUAACAAAUAUUUAUUGGACACCAACUAUGUGCCAGGCACUGUGUAGAUGCUGAAAAGUGGCCAAGGGCCGCCCCAGCUGAUGACUCCUUGCAUUCCCUCCCCUCACAACAAAGAAACUCCACUGCGGGGAUGAAGCGCUUCUUCUAGCCACUGCUAUCACUAUUUAAGAACCCUAAAUCUGUCACCCAUAAUAAAGCUGAUUUGAAGUGUUA